CAAACCGACAUUUGCCGAGGAAAAUAUCAUCCAUCAGUCGAAGAGUAGUAGUUGCCUUGGCCACGCUUUCUGCUUUCACAGAAAAAUCUGGAACUCACCGACUCUCUCUCUCUCUCUCUCUCUCUCUCUCUCUCAAGUUGCUUAGAUACUGAAACCAAGGCCAUCAUCAGAAGAUGUGUCUGCUAGAUGAAGUUGGGCAAGUUACAGAGACAAUGGAGAAUCUGGGUCUCUCUGAACAAGGUGAGAAUCACGAGACCUGGCCGUUGAAUAAUUCUGAAUGCUUACAGCCCCGGAGGGAGAAUGCCGAAAAGGGAAGUUCCAGUGAUCGGAUUAGCCUCUGUAAUUCGCUUCAUCUGGAAAGCAUUUGUGAAAAUUCAGCUGUUGCGGAUGGAAGCCAACAUCUGUUAAAUAACUUCAUCCCUGCUCUCCGAUCAGGAGAAUGGUCUGACAUUGGAGCCCGUCCUAAUAUGGAAGAUACUUGCAUUCGCAUCACAGACCUGGCUAAGAAUUACGGUUACAGUUUAAUCAGUGAGGAUGCUAUCUCCUUCUAUGGUGUGUUCGAUGGGCAUGGAGGAAAGGGUGCUGCCCAGUUUGUGCGUGAUCACUUACCAAGGGUGAUUGUUGAGGAUGCUGAUUUCCCUUUAGAACUUGAGAAAGUGGUCGCAAGGUCAUUCAUGCAGACUGACGCUGCCUUUGCAAAGUCAUGCUUUACUGAGUCCAACCUCUCUUCUGGCACUACAGCACUCGCUGCAAUGAUUUUUGGGAGAUCUUUACUCGUAGCAAAUGCUGGAGAUUGUCGGGCAGUACUUUCUCGACAUGGGAUUGCUAUAGAGAUGUCAAAUGAUCACAAGCCGUGCUGCGCUAGUGAAAGGACUAGGAUUGAGUCGCUGGGGGGAUUCAUUGAUGAUGGAUAUUUGAAUGGUGAGUUAGGUGUUACCCGGGCUCUUGGCAAUUGGCAUAUUAGUGGAUUGAAGGAAAUUAGUGGGAGGGGUGGCCCCUUGAGUGCCGAGCCAGAACUUAAUUUAGUGACAUUAACAAAGCAAGAUGAGUUUCUGAUAAUAGGUAGCGAUGGGAUAUGGGAUGUGUUCAGAAGCCAAAAUGCAGUAGAUUUUGCCAGGAGGAAACUGCGAGAGCACAAUGAUGUAAAACUCUGCUGCAAGCAAAUAGUAGAGGAAGCAGUGAAGCGAGGAGCGAUAGAUAAUCUCACUGUUGUGAUGGUUUGUUUUCAUCCAGAGCCACCUCCACAGUUGAUGGCACAAAGGCCAAGAGUCAGAAGGACCUUUUCUGCCGAGAGGCUUCAAAAACCGAGGUUUCUACUGGAAGGAUAGUGGUUUUACUUAUUCACUCAUCUUUUAGUCUUCAACUGGCAGUUGAAGCAAAGACUGGUCAAUAAUAGCACCUUAGCAUGUGAUAUUGUGCCAAUUGGCUCUUUUCAGAGGUCCUGUUGUACAUACUCAUUUGGGAGAACUUUUUACUUACUUCUGUAUCAUCCGCACUUGGUUGUCAAUUGCAGAAACAACAAUUUCUUUUCAAAAUCUGUGUUUAUAGAGCUAUUCAGAUAAUGACAUAAGCUAGGUUCUUCAUCGAUCUUUUUUAUUUCUACUUUAUGAUCAACAGAUGCUUGUUAGCAUGACUAUAAUAAAUGUUUUACAUCCCAGACGGUUGUUGGAAAAGCAGGAAUGUUGGAUAGCCGACAAACUAAAGCUCAAAGCUGCCAUUCAAAAUGAGCAGUGAGGUGCUGUGUGAUGGCUAGGAACCAUAUCCUUAACAGUAAUCUCUUUUCUUGUGUGCAUUAUUACCUCUAUCCAGCUUAUUAGUUUCACUUUCAACUCGGGAGUCGUAAUCUGGAUUCCUAGAUUUUUCAUGCUAGUUUGGAGCCCGAGUGCAGAUUCACUGUUAAACAGUGCAGGAGUAGCAAGGAGCAUUCAGUUCACUUGCCCCUGCAUGGUUGCUGGUUGCAUAGGUCUAGGAGUACGAGGGAUACGAACAAUAGAAGCAAAUCAGCAAAAAUAAGUUCAGCUUCAGGUAUACAUAGAAGACGACUUAAAAGUAGGUACAAGAACAAAACACAGUCACAGUCUUGUUGCUUUGAUUUAUUACAAUCUCUCAUUUCACACACUACACACAGAGCGCAUAAGUGAAGGCUUUCCCUCCUGCUUCCCAUAAACAUGAUGUGAACUUCAGAAAUGGAGCGGCAGAUGGGAACCCGACCAAACGACGAGUAGCAUUAGUUAAUAGCAGGGAAAGGUAAGCAAAAGCUGGGUAGCUAUAGACAUAAAUGUACACAGUACUUAUUCAUAAUCAUAGCUUGCUAGCACAUUUAUACGAUAUGAUGACCAUGGCAUAGGGAGGGAUCAAGGGUGGUGGUGGUGGUGGUGCGGCGGACGUGGACCGUGCGGUUCUUGAGGGCCAGGAGGUCCUGGAGGGCCUGGAGGUCCGGGAUGGGGAGGGCCGUGAUGAGGAGGCGGUGGUUCGUGGUGGGGAGGACCGGGAGCCGGGUGGUGGGGAGGACCAGGGGGCGGAGGCUGGUGGGGAGGACCGGGGGGCGGAGGGCGAUCCAUCUGUUCUUUGCUUGGUCUUC